CCGCCGGCCGGCGGAGCUGCCUCGCCAGGCCCCCUCGGAAACACCUCCUCCACGCCCGAGAGGUGCUCGCCAGGGACCCGCCCGCGCUGUCCCCUCCUCCCCCUCCUCCCUUCCACCUUCCUCCCUUUCCUCCGCCCCAUCCUCCCCCCCCUCUCUGCUCCCUCCCCUCGUUCGUCUCGUCCCCACUCCCCUCCGGACUUUGGACAGCGUUCCGUGCGCCCCCCUCCGCCCGAUCUGCACACGCACACGCACACGCACACAUACACGUACACAUACCUACCUACAUACACACGCGCGCGCGCAUACACGUACACCAUGACCGAGCUCGAGCGCCACGGCAAUGAGACCACCAUGAACCUCAACCCGGCCCUUCACCAGAACAUCAUGGGGUCGCGGUACUUCAAGAAUCUAUACAACUUGACCACCUUCGAGGAGGUGGUGUCCGAAAUCUCCGACGAGGUGACCUUCCUGGAGCCCUUUAUCCCCGGCACGCGCGACCCCUCCUCCGCAUUCUGCCUGCUGCUCAAGCUCUUCACCAUGAAGCCCACCGUCAAUCAGAUGCGGCGGAUGCUGAACUACCCCCGAUCGGUGUACGUCCGCUGCGUGGGGCUGCUCUACCUGCGGUAUGCCUUCCCCCCGGCCCGGCUGAUGGAGUGGUAUGCGGACAUGCUGUUCGACGAGACCCCGGUGGUGGUGGAGGGCCGCCACGGCGCGCGGUCAAUGCCCCUUGGGAGGUAUGUGCGUAAUCAUCUGCUGCUGGAUAACAAGUACUUCGGCACCAUCAUGCCGCUACUGCCCUUCCGUGUCAUGGAGUCCAUCAAACAGCAGAUCAAGGACCUGGAGGCCACGCACUCGCGCGGCGGCGGCGGCGGCGGCGCUGGUAGCCGCUCCCGCUCGCCGGACCACCAUCGUGGCGACGAUCGGCGGCCAUCGUGGCGCGACAGCCGGAGAGGGCGCUCGCGCUCGCCAUCCCCCUCGCCAGUGGGCGAGGGGCGUGUGCCGCGCGGGGGUGGCCGUCACUCCUCGCCCCCGCCGCCGAUCGAUGCGGCCAGCCCGCCGACGAGCGGUGGCGCCCCGGCCGGUGGCCCGCAGGUCGACGCCUUCGGCCGGAUGAUCGUCCCCUCGCGACAGCGGUCGCCUUCGCGCAGCCGCAGCCGCAGUCGCAGCCCCGGGUCCCGCCGGCGUGGUGGCGGCUAUCGCAGCCGCAGCCGCAGCCGCAGCCGUAGUCACUCCCGCGACCGGUACCGCCGGCGGAGCCGCAGUCGCAGCCGCAGCCGCAGCCGCAGCCGCGACCGGCACUACUACCGCGACGACCGGCGCUCCUCCAGCUACGGGCGCUACUCUUCCCGAGGGUCAUCCUCGUCGUCGUCAUCCGGACGCGACCGCUGGCCCGGCAGCCAGGCCCGACACUAUGGCGGCGUGGAUGAGCUGGCCGAGCGGUACCGCCGCUGAUGGUGCCGACCCCCCCCCCCCCCCCCGUCGAGGUUUCCCCCCCCCCCUUCCUGGAUGCAUUCCGCGCGCGUCUCCCCUUGUGUGGG